AUAUGAUCCAACUCCACAAAUCUACCAGCAUAAUAAUAUAAGCACUCUUCCACCAGGUCAUCGCGCUCAUGAAAUGCCAGAUAAAAUAAUAUUGUGGAUUCAAGAGCUACAAAAUUAUCUAGAAAAUAUUUAUAUAUUAUUUGGGGAUGAAUUAGCUGAUGCUGAGUGUGAGUUAAAUGCAGUAGAUUUUGAAAUAUUUUGUGAAUCCUUACACAACAGAAUCAAACAUGCACUAAGAGGGUUUGUUAAAUGGAUAGAGACCUGGAUUCAUUUGCCUUUAAGCAUUUGUUGGUUAGGAGGAGAAAAUAGACCAGACUUUGCUCGUGCCUUUUUAAAGGUAUUCUUUAAUAAAGAUUCGUCAAAAAUUUCCACUCCCAAAGAAAUCUCCUAUGUCAAACUUCUGAAAGAAGAUUUAUCUAAUAGGCGUUCAACUACAUUUGGACUCUUGGAAGCAUUGUCACACUAUGAUUUUUUUGAAGAGUUCGAAAAUUUUGCAAAUUCUGACAAUGCAGAAUUAGCAAAAUUUUCUCUAAUACACGAAUUUAUUAAAUUUCGC